CAACAUCCGUUCAAUGGCUGGAGGACAAGAAAAAUGGUAUUUUACAAAAGAGCAGUUGAAUUCUCCAAGCAAAAAAUGUGGCUUAGAUGCAGAUAAAGAAUUAGCUUAUCGGCAGCAGGCCGCGAACCUAAUCCAGGAUAUGGGCCAGAGGCUUCAGGUCUCACAACUAUGUAUCAACACAGCUAUUGUUUAUAUGCACCGGUUCUACGCGUUCCACUCAUUCACACAGUUCCACAGGAACGCUAUAGCAGCCGCUGCCCUGUUCCUCGCCGCAAAGGUCGAGGAGCAGCCCAGAAAAUUAGAGUUUGUAAUAAAAGUGGCCCACGUCUGCCUCCACAGAGGUGAGAGUGUAAAUGGACUCACCACUGAACAAUAUACAGAACAGGCGCAGGACCUGGUAUUCAACGAGAACGUACUCCUACAGACAUUAGGGUUCGAUGUUGCGAUCGACCACCCGCACACGCACGUGGUACGCACGUGUCACCUUGUAAAAGCUCCAAAGGAUUUGGCGCAGACCUCAUAUUUUAUGGCAUCGAACAGUCUCCAUUUAACGACAAUGUGCCUACAGUACAGGCCGACGGUUGUGGCCUGCUUCUGCAUACAUUUGGCAUCGAAAUGGAGCAACUGGGCGAUACCACAGUCGCACGAGGGCCGGCACUGGUUCUCGUACGUGGACCGAAGCGUGACUACCGAGCUCCUCGAGCGAUUGACCGCUGAGUUUCUGCACAUAUUCGACAAGUGUCCCUCACGGCUCAAGAGGAAGAUGAUGUCGAUGACUACCAACAGUGGAGGGUCCCCGCAUUCAGGCGCCCACGCGAGUACCUCGGGCUCCGGUGCGGGCUCGGCUGACAAGAAGCACUCCAUCGCGGGACCCUCUGAUGAAUUCGACAAGUCUUUCGACAAAGAGUACGAAAGGGAAAGGCGUCGUCAACCAGUUCCUGGUGGCUACGUACCGGCCACGGCUGCACCGGCCAACGCGCAGCAACCGCAAAAGAUAGACUAUAACCUGUACAGAGAAAAGAGAGAGAGAGAGGAACGGGAGAGAGAGAGACGGCAAGCCGCCAUGCAGCAACCCAGACCGGGCGCCCCUCCCGCCAGACCCGGGCAACCUCCGCCCCACCACAGGCCGUCGAGCCAACACCACAAACCCCAUCAUCCCUGGCCGCAUCACGCCAAGCCACCCCACCACAAGCCCCCCCAGGAUCACCGGCACCACCGGCCCGCGGCGGGCCCCGGGCCGCCUGCCGCCGCGCCCCACCCGCCCCACCCGCCCCACACGCCCCACACGCCCCACACGCCCCACCCGCCGCCCGAGCAGCAGCGGACGAGGCCGCCCUCGCUGUUCUCCCCGGAGAACGCCACCGCGCCCCUCGCCGCCGCGACGGCGCCGCGCCGCGCGCCCGCGCCGCCCCCGCCCGCGCCCGCGCCCCGCAAGGAGCCCCGCCCCGCGCCGCCCCCCGCCGCGCCCCCGCCCGCGCCCGCCAGCCCGCGCCGGCGGCCCGACCCCUCGCUCGCCGUGCGCGACAUGCAGCCGCCCGCGAUACUGUCGCCGUUCUCGUCGCCGCCCGGCGUCAAGCAGGAGCCGCAGCAGCAGCGUCCCCGGCCGCGGGUGCCUUCCGCUUCGGAGCCGGAGCUGGUACCGGUGAUGAAGAAGAUAGACGAGACGCCCGGCUACGAGAAUGUGCUGCGAGACUCGCAGCGCGGCUCCUCUAUCCGGACGAAGCCGCCCGAGCAGAGGAAGCCGGAGCCGGCCAGGUCUCUCAACGGCAUAGAGACGGACCCCACGCUCGUCUCGAAUCUCCUGAAAGAGAGUCUGGCGAAACCCGUCCCGAUCACGGUCCCCACGGAGAGAAAGUCGCCCGAAAUAAAGCGUGAGCCGGUCGAUCCUCCCCCUCCCGCCCCCGUCCCGCAACAGCCCGAUCCCGCGCCCCCGACUCAACCCCCCACCGAAGCCGAACACAAACACAAAAAGGAAAAGAAAAAGAAAGACAAACACAAACACAAAGACCGCGAUAAAUCCAAAGAGGAGAGGAAGAAACACAAGAAGGAUAAAGAUAAAAAGAGGGAGAGCCCCCCGCCGGUGGCGGCGGAGGCCCCGGCGGAUGGGGCCCUGCGGAUCACCAUCCCCCGGGAGAAGCUCGCCUCCAGUCCAGGUCUCAAGAUCAAGAUACCCAAAGACAGGCUUGCCGCGCCGCCGCCCCCGCCGCAGUCCUCCGGCCUCAAGAUCAAGAUCUCCAAGGAGGUCUUGGAGACGUCGAGGAAGAGGAGCGCGGGACCGGAGCCCGGGCCUCCGCCGAAGAUGGCCAGGCACAACGGAGCGCCAGCACCCAAGGUGGUCGAGCCAGGAUUGGGGAACGGGCAUGCGGCCAAGUGACGUCACUUCCGCGCUCGCCAUAGCGCCACGUGUGUCGACGUUCCUCCGCAACAACUUACGGACCUCACUAGUGUAGUGUAACGGUUUCUACCGACUUUUUUUUCAGUUUUUUUUCUGUUGACACGGACGGUUUUGGCUCGUACGGUCGUCGCAAGUUUUUACAUGUUUCGACUAGUUAUGAACUUGCGGCGUGGACUACUUGUAAAUAUUUAGAAAUAUAUAGUAUUCGACCAGUGGAAUAUAAUUGUAUAUAUUAUACAAUUACUCUGUAAUCUCUAUACGACGCUACAAGAUAUAUUGUGCAUAUAAAUUAUAUAAAAUGCCUGUAACGAUCGCUUGCAUUGACAUUCAAUGUUUAUAUUCACGCUAAAAAGCAAUAAUAGAUGUGACAUUAAUAUAAAAAUCAAAUUUUAUUAAGAAAACAUUUGAAUAUAGUACAUAUUGCAUUAGUAUAUGUUAAACAUAUAUCAUAUAACUCGUGUAAUCAGAAUUUAUUUGUGUAUGACCAUUUUGUAUGUUAUAUGCAUUAAUGAUAUAUAUUCUACAUGUAAUGACUGCUUGAAGACUGAAAUAGAAUACACUGGACGUAGAGAAUUAUAGGAAAUUAAUUUUUACAACAAAUUCAAUCAAUAUAUGUAUAUACUUAUAUAUUAAAAAGUUAAUUUCACAUGCCGUUAAAAUAAACUGAUUAGCACCUUUAACAAACUAAAAAUUAUUUUUGAUGUUAACAAAUAACCAACGAUAGAAAAAAAUAUUUAUAUAUUGUUCGAAUAUAUAUAUUUAAACUGAGCCAAAAUCGGUCUGUAUAUGAGAUAAAGUGGUCAGGUGCGGGGAUGCUGUAACUAAAACGGUAAUUGACACCGUAUACCCUGGGAAUAGGGUGCUUUUAAUAUGUUAUAUGUCAGUUAUAUAUCGCAUUUUGUUUUUAUAUGCUGUAAUUACUGUCCGUAUAUAUUUUGUGUGAUUUACCAAUAUAUAUAUAUAUAUAUAUCGUAUAUAACUGACAUAUAAGUAUAUAAGGAAGUAUGACAAAAUCGGAGAUUAUUUAACUAAAAAAAAUGUAAAAUAUAAUGUGAAAAAUUCAAAAUGAGUAAACUCCGAUUUUGAGAUGCUCUGUCAUUUUAUAAUAAUGGUGAGAUUUUCUUUUAAUGUUAUUAUAAUUUGGCAUAAACAAAAUGGUCAGCGUAGUAUAGUAUUUUUUUUCUUUUCUAGCUGGCCUAUUGAGAUUUAGCUGUAUAUUUAAUACUGGUUGUCCUUUAAUUCAAUUUUUAUUCAUAUUUGAAUUUGAAUCAGUGUUAAAUUUACAGGCCGAGUAUAAAUAUGUAUAUACAGAAAUAGAUAUAUAUACUCGGCCUGUAACUGCUAAACUGUAAGAUAUUAAGUUCUCUUUAUUUAAGUGACAAAUCGUAAUCAUAAUGAAUUAAAAAAAAGACUAGUAAAUGUGAUUUGUUGAGAACAAACAUUAUGAAAUAAUAUGAAAAAAUCUGAAGAAAAAAAUUGUCGAUGGUUAGUGAGAUAUUUAUGAUGAAUAAGCUAAUUCUGACUCAAACAGCCGAGUCGUGUCAGCUUGAAAUAUUAGUAUUAAGUCCAAUUUAGAUGAUCGAAAAGUAUUAAUUAUUGACAUAGCAUCAAGUCCAUUGAAUAUUGGAUAUUUGGAGAAGUUUGAGGGUAGGAAGAGAGUUGUCACUAGAUGGAAAUAUUGGCGGUACGUGGAUACCUGGAGACUUGAAAGUCCCAAAAUGCAAUCCUUGAUAAGAACAAGAACAAGCAAGAAAUGUACCUUUAAUGUACAUAAUGUCGCAAUAUCAUUGGAAGUAGAUGCUACAGGCGUGUAAACACGUUUGUACCUUGUCACAGUAAACAAUCUAUUGGUAAUGUGUAAAAAUGUUUGGUGUUAUCAAUAAUAUUACUGUAACAAAGCACUAAUUUUACUUUACAUAACUUUGGUUUCCAUAGUCUUAACUUCGAAUUGACACGGCUCGGCUGUAUGCGAACAAUGCCUUAGUAAAGGCGUGACCCCUUUGUUCAUAAAAACUAAACCUACAAACUAAUAUAGUUUUGUCUCUUUCUUUCAAUAAAGGUUUAAUGUUUUUAUGAAUAAAGGGCUUAGUAUUGUUUCAAUGAUAGAACGAGACGGAAUAUCAAUACUUAAGCGUUUGAGACAGUUGUGACUAUAUGAUUCGGCCAAUCAAUUUUGCCUAAAACGAAAAACUGUUACUCAUUUUUCGCGCCAAUUUAUUUUGAUGACAUUUUUUGGCUGUUGACUGGCAUUCAUGUUCUAAUUGUAUAAUACAGGCGUUUAUAGAAAUAAAUGUUAUUUUUUUAUUAAAAUACUAUUUUUAUUUUCAAUUCGUUCAAUUUUCAACCCUAUACCCGCUUGUAGUAAAGUUAGCGAUCAACUGUUGGGUUCUUUUAUGCAAAAUUUGUUGGCCCAACUAUAUUCAAUACAUCGCAGACUUGUAAUAAAAUACAUUAACUCAAAACAAAUGUUUUUGGUAAAUCGACUAUAAUGAUUAAACUUUGAAGUCGUUUUUCUAGAGCUGUAUAAAUAUUGUCAUAUAACAGUCUAGAUUCUAGAAUUUGUUUUUUUAUGAUUAUCAUAUUUUGUGAACAAUCUUGGUAUGAUUUGUUUUGUGUUAUAAAGUUAAGUAGUUAGAAUAAAAGAGUUUUUGGUUUGUUCAUG